GGUGUGCCGCGCCGCAGCCGGAAGUGACGCGACGUGCGCUGCGGAGCGAGCGUGUGACAGCGUUCGAGUCAAUAAGACGAAUAUCGCCCGUAAUUAAAGGCAGAACUGGGACUAUUUCCUCCGCGACAACAACCGGCUCCUCCGCAGGUUCCCCGGCAGCUUCACUUGACUCACGCCGGGUUUACCCCCUCCCUGCUCGGCCAACGGCCCCUGGCGAGACCGCCGAAGCCUUCAUAUUUGCCCCGGGAGCCUCGGCUGCGCUGCGGACUGGAAGCGGGUGGAAGACGGUUGACGGACGCCCCCGAGCGAGCAGCCUCCCCCCGUCCUAAGGCGAGUUUGAUUGCGUCAUGCCGCUGUUCGGUAAAUCCCACAAGAGUCCGGCGGACAUCGUCAGGACCCUGAGGGAAAACCUGGCCAUCCUGAUCAAACAGAAAGGAAAGACAGACAAGGCAUCGGAGGAGGUGAACAAGUGCUUGGUGUCCAUGAAGGAGAUCCUGUGCGGGAGCAACGACAAGGAGCCUCACACUGAGACCGUGGCCCAGCUCGCCCAGGAGCUGUACAACAGUGGCCUGCUGAUAUCGCUGGUGGAGAACCUGCAGGUCAUAGACUUUGAGAGGAAGAAGGACGUAUGUCAGAUCUUCAACAACAUCCUGAGGAGGCAGAUCGGGACGAGGAGCCCCACAGUCGAAUACCUCUGCUCCCAUCAAGAGGUCCUCUUUACACUGCUGAAAGGGUACGAUACAGCCCAGGUAGCGCUGAACUGUGGGAUCAUGCUGCGGGAGUGCAUCCGCCACGAGCCGCUCGCCAAGAUCAUCCUCCACUCUGAGGAUUUCCACAGUUUCUUCACCUACGUGGAGAUGUCCCCCUUCGACAUCGCCUCCGACGCCUUCGCCACCUUCAAGGAUCUCUUGACAAGACACAAAGUGCUUGUGGCCGAGUUCCUCGAACAGAACUACGAUACCGUGUUUACAAAUUAUGAGAAGCUGCUGCUCUCUGAGAACUACGUCACCAAGAGGCAGUCACUAAAGCUUCUGGGCGAGCUGUUGUUGGACAGGAAAAACUUCACGGUGAUGACGCGCUACAUCAGUAAACCGGAGAAUCUCAAGCUGAUGAUGAAUCUGCUCAGAGACAAGAGUUCCAACAUCCAGUUUGAGGCCUUCCACGUGUUCAAGGUUUUCGUAGCCAAUCCCAACAAGACACAGCCCAUCAUCGACAUCCUGCUCAAGAACCAGACCAAGCUCAUCGACUUCCUGAGCAACUUCCAGAAGGACCGCGCCGACGACGAGCUGUUCAACAACGAGAAGACGUACAUAAUCAAACAGAUCAGGGAUCUGAAGAAGGCGGCCUCCUAGAGAAGCACCCCCCCUUCCCCUCACCCCCCCCGACUUUUUAUCAAUAGGAAGACUAAGAAAAAAAACACAUUAACAUUAAUGAUUAUUCUAUUUAAAAAGAAAAAAAUCUUCAAGACGUUAUUUGUCUUUUUUCUCUUUGUUGGUUCAUAAAAAACGUGUGCAAGAGUAGUUCUCAAUCACUGAUUUUUAUUUUUUAUUUUAAAUCUUUUUUUUUUUGUCAUCUGUAGCAUGUAGUGCCACAGCUUGUGGUGUCGGAGGCAGCUGAUUCGCGUUUGUUGGGAGAACCAGCGAUUUAAAAAUACAAGGCUUUGGACAGAACGGUCGAGCGGCUGCCGAACAAGCAGGCGUGACCGUUUAUUUCUUUUCUUUUAAUCACCUGUCGCUGCACCCGAGUUCCUCUCUCAACUGUUCAAAUGAAGUAGUUGCAAAUCAGAAGGAUAAUGAAGCAUUUCUACUUUUGUUAUUUUCUUUUUAGCUGGGUCAACGUUUCUGGUCAGGAUUCCCCAGAGUGAAACACAUUCUCAUUAACCCCUAAAAGCUUUGUGAGCUAGAGAGUGACAUUAAUGCCCUGUUACCUUCUGCUAGCUGAACACCUCUUUGUUAUUGCCCUGCCAAAUCCAACAAUUGCCUAAACAUUUUUUUCUUUCAGAGACUAUAAAGCAUCGUCAUGAAUACAACCCUGGAAUUAAAAAAAGUCUUCCAAAAGUUUAGGUUUCAGCUAAUCCGUGAUGACGCUGCACUACAAAGCAGUUUUUAGUGGAGAAACGUGCUUCCCGAGGUCACCAAGCCUUGGAGUGAAAUUUUACUCUAAAUGGUCACAAUUUGCAGUUUACGAGACUCAAUCUGAGUUUAACAUUAACUUUGCUGUUAAACUUGUCUUUUCAGUCAAACAUCAUUCUCCCCCGGCUUCAGAAGCAUUCGCCUGUGCCGAUCUAAUCGACUUUACACGACUGAGAAUCGAGGCGUUCGCAGGCGGUUGCUUUCAGUCGCCGUCGGCCGAAGCUCGCAAAUGAAAAAACACUCAUCAUAAGGCGCAUUAGAAGACUCUUCUGAAACGAGGGGCCUUUUCAAGGGGGUGGUGAUGCUGGGCUGCUUUCGGUACAGCAAGCUUCAAUCAUUUUGAUCACUGGUUCUCUUCGCUGGUGGCUGGUAGCACUUUCUGUAUGAUAAAGAAAAAAUAAUAUGAUGAUUCUGAUGAACUGUUUGUUUUGUGUUUUUCUUAAUCUUGAGCUGAUCACACUGCUUGAUGGCAUUUUUUUAUAAAUAUAUAGUUCAGUUUCUUGUCAUGUACAGUUAAUGGCUUGCACAAGUGUCAUUGUGGGCAUGAACAUGGAGGAGGCACUUUGCUGUGUGGAGGAGAGGAGCUGGAAAGAUUCUAGUUUUCUCUGUGCUCUCGGAUCAGAUGUUGGUGUUUGAGUUGAAACAGGCGAGAAGAUUCAGAGGUGCCUUUUUGGUUUGGUGUGUUUUCUCUUCUAUUUAUGUCUUAUUUUUAUUUUUUUCCUGUAUCUUUCCAGGGGGAGCUUAAUCACGUUGAUGAAAAUAUGCUCUGGGUGGAACAUAUUUGUUUUUGAUUAAGCAGUGAACCUCUUAACUCACUACGUUUGAGUUACGCUGUCCAAGAACCAUGUUUAUUCACAGCUGAUCGGUUGCCAUAGUGAGCGGAGUGACUUUUUAAGUUUUGCCACCACGUGUGAAGUUUCAAGCUGCGAAUAUUUUGCCGCGGAGUCGAUCUGUAACUGUGAAAAAUCCACAUAUUGUUAAAGGAGAAAAGAAAAAGAAGCUAAAUCAGCAAGGAUUAAAACGCUACUGUGCCGUUUUUAAUUUUCUAUAAAAGUAAAGUAAAAUUUCGAAUUUAUUUCCUAAUCAAUAUUUGAUGUGAAUUAUCAUGAAGAAUAAAUAAAUACGUCUUUUAAUUGGGACGUUUAUUAGUAAAUUUCAAACUGAAAUAAAGGCAGUAGGGUUGUAGGGUGACUAACAAACAUGAACUUGUAAAGUGCCAUUUUCCUGUUUUUCCCAUGUGGCAUAAAAAAAAAAAAUCCUUGUUCUUUCUUUUGGGUGAAAAAUAAACAAUACCAGCUAUUUUUGGAUGUUUAAAAGUUGUGACAGUAUUUAUAUGACAUUAGAAUAUAACGCGUAGAGCAACCAGCUGUACAUCAGGCUUGAACUCUCUCUUAGUUUUUUUUUUUCAGUUUUACGGCUCAAACAAUAAAAAAAGCACGGUCAAGCAAAUCGUCACGUCAUCUGUCCUCUGAAAGCAGACACUUUCUUUUCCACACUGAUGCUACUGUACCACAUUCGCAGCAAAUAAAAGGAUGGGAAUGCAGAUUGA